AUGGCAGAACUGCAAAACCAGCCGAUUUUCCCUAAAAGCCUCAAACACACCAGUCUUCAAAUCGAGGCCAUUCCUCCUUCCACCACUCCCGGUAUAAACUUGUGUGACGUAUCGCGUGGUGCCUCUCGACCCGUAGUGCCAAGCGGGACGAGACAAGACGUCUAUGCCGCAUCGCACAAUCUUGCUCAGCCUGGAAUCCGCACCACCCAGCGCCCCGUCAGCGAGCGUUUCUUCUGGGGAAGCAUGAACACUAAUAUCCGCCAGUGGACCCGCUCAUGGUUGGCCUGUCAGAAGGCCAAGGUCGGACGCCACACAAUA